AUGAAGUCCUCUCCCAUACUCUACAUGGCUUGCAUAAUCAUAACAACCAGCCUCCAGCCCCCAUGCAUCCUCGUCAGAGCAUCACCAGUCUUCUCGAACUUCUCUGGCCUCGAUACACGCAUCGGCUGGACUGCCAAUACCACUAACGGCCACCUUCUGGUUGGACGCGGACCCCUCGACAUCCUAGACCGCGCUUACUCGAAAGCCAAGAAGAAAGGAGAGAAGCGGUGGGCAGACUCGAUUUCUGCGUCGAUGGAGCAGCGUCAGGGUGAGUUUUUGGAGUGGGAUGUUUUGGUGGAGAAGGCUGAGAGCGCUGAGGACAAGCAAGGAGGGGAGCAGCCGGUGGCGAAGAAUAGUGGGUGGAGAUAUGAUCUUGUUGAGAGCCAGGCAGAGAUGGACGAUGUUACGAAAGACUACACCGCCGCCCUCAACGGCGCCAAGCUCACUACGGAGAACUCGAGGAAUGUUGUGAUGUUGCACAAGACCACCGACGCCCGCUACAAAGGCCUCUACAGCCCCUCCAACGCCCUCCUAAUCGCCUACGAACGCCACAGCCCCUCCUACCAAACCUCCACGCACUCCCACCUCACCCCCUCCGACAUCCCCGCCAUAACCCAAUGGUCCGACAUCGCCUUCCUUACCUGGAUGCACACCCUUGCCGACCUCUCACUCACCCCCGCCGAAGCGCCGCUUAAGCACAUCUUCAUCGGGCCUAUUACGAAUACCGAGAGUAUCGAUGUGAUCAAGAAGGCGAUCAAGGAGGCGGGGUAUAAGGGGAAGGGGUUGCCGUCUUUUGAGGAGGCGGUGGAGUUGAAGAGGCCUGGGGCGGUUGUGGGGAGGGGGGAUAGGCCGUUUAUGGGGGUUUUGGGGACGGAUAAUUUGGCGGGGGUUGGGUAUUUGCUAGCUCAGCAUCGGGAGGUGUUGGGGAGGAGGGGGGUUGGGGUGUUGGUGGUGUUUGGGAGUGGGGGGAAUUUGUAUGUGAAGGUUGAGGUUGUGGAUUGGUGA